UCAAAUAUUAUCACUAAAUUCAAACAAUUUUAUAUUUUUAAAAUAAAUUUUACUGUUACAAAAGUUUUAUGAAUAUACUCACGAUGAUGAUAUCAAUGAGGUACAUUAUUUUAAGUGUAUGGUUCGCAAGUGUUUCUUGUUAUAAAUUUAAAAACUUCAAUUUACCAUUAGAAGACACUCCAAUUACACACACAGAUAUGGCUCAACUUUUUCAAUUUUGUUAUGCAAAUAAAUCAAAUCCUAUAAUCAUCACUGAAAACUUGGCAAAGACAUUGCACAGAAAGUUAGCCGAUUCAAUAAAGGCACCUGUCAUUAUCAUCAACGAUGAAUUCAUAUCAAAAGACAUUCAACUGUACUAUCCAACCUAUCCAAUGUAUAUUUUAUCAAUGACGACUCAAAUGGAACUGGAUGCUCUUUUGAGCAAGCUCAUGAGUUCACCCUUCUGGAGUAUUCAAUCAGCGUUUUUCGUGAUAGUCGAAUCUGUAAAAUCAUGUGAAAAGGAUUCUAUUGGAGUUUUGGGACUACUAUGGCGGUAUGAAAUGUUAUCAUGUGUCGUGGUGUGCUCUAGUACCGGCACUGAAACUACUCUCUAUACUUACAAUCCUUUCACGAAACGAGCUCCCGAUCCUUGGAUUGAAAUUAAGAAAAAUUGGUUUGACCACCAUCAACGUCCAGUGACCUUCUACAAGCAAAUUUUCACUAACGAUCAUAACAUAUGUGCGAAUCUCACUUUUGAUAAAACUAAGGUUCUUGAUGGUUAUCCUGCAAAAAUAGCCACAACAGAAGCCCAAUUGACACAAUUAACUUUUUUUGAAGUAUUUACUUCUUUGAACAUGACUCCGCAAAUGACUGACUUCGGAAGUGAUCUUUUAUUACUCGUUUUAUCAAUAUUAAAUAAUACACAAGACACUAGCACAAUUACGUUUGCUGAUUAUGUAACUCAAUUUGAUGACGUGUUGCCCGUGAUUUUCGAAACUUCUUAUGUCAUAGUAACACAAAAGCGAAGUUUUCUACCAGUUUUUUAUGAAAUUGAAAGUGUGUUCGAUAUUAAUGGGGCUAUAGGAAUAAUAAUUAUUCUUCUUCUAAUUACCGUCCUGAUUAUAUUGCACAAUGGGUAUCAAGUCAGAUUGGCUAUUCUGGAUGUCUUGAAGCUGUUGAUGAGUAUGGGGAUAGGUACACCUCUUGAUCGACUCGCUAUGAAAUUAACCUUCUUCACUGCUUUUUUGUUCGUUUUUAUAUUUGGACCUGCGCUUGAGGGACAAAUAUUCGCCUCACUUACUCGCCCGCCAUCUCAGAACGUGGAGUCCUUUAAGGACUUGUAUGAUCAAAAGUACCACGUAUAUUAUAUUGAAGCGCUCCAUAAUAGUAUAUUAGAAGAGGAAUUAUGGAAAACUGAAGAGGAAAUGAAAUAUUUACAUCCCCGUCCACUCCCUUUUUACCCAUUAGAAUGUUUGGAACUAAUGAUGCAAUAUCCUGACGUUGCGUGUAUUUUUGAAGAGUCUUUCAUGUUAUAUUGGAGUAGGAAAAUUCAUUUUCACGCGUCCAAAAGAUUUGUGUUUAAAAAGAAUAAUUUCUAUCAUUAUCGAUUAGAUUGGUCCCUGGGCAAACGAUUUUAUCAGAGAUUAUUAAAAUUUGAAGAAUUAGGUAUCUCAAAACGUGACAUGUUAGUGGACGUACCGAUUGCAUCAAACAAAAUGAAAAUUGCAAAAAGAAAAGAAAAAAUGUUAGAUCAUCACAUAAUUGACGCUGAAGAUUUGACAAACUUAUAUAUAUUUAUGGCAUUUUUUCAGCUUUUGGCAGUCAUCAUAUUUGGUAUUGAACAUAUUGUUGCAUAUUAUCGCCGUCAAAGACGAUAGAAAUGAAAGUUCGAUAACAUUCAAAAAAUCAGUAUUGUGAAAAAUAAUCAUGCGAGACUUAAUGAAUUUGAUUAUGAUAGAACAAUUAAUAUCAGAAUUUUCAAUCACGUUAAAUUGUUUUUUUAAGUUAUUUGAGUUUUCGAGGUUAACAAUGAGAGUUAAUCGUAUUUUAUCACAAAGAAAUGAAUAUUUUAGUGAAGCACGAUAUGAUUAAAUUGUGUAAGUUUUGACCAUUCUUUUACUUUUUAAACAUGAAUUAGUGAAAUUAGUGAAUAUUCACCAAUUCCAAGUGCAAACCGAACCACUAAUUUCCAAAAGUGGUUCGGUUGGCACUCAGAAUUAGUGCAUAUUCACUUAUUUCACUUAUUUACGUUUUGAGAGCAAGUAAUUUAUUUAUUCAAGCAAUGAAUCUUAGUUUAUAAGUUAUGUCUAACGGUCAAUUACUACUUCAAAUAUUCAAAUACAUAACAAUUUGUAAUUGAAAAAAAUUAAAUUUCAAAAUAUUAUGAUUGAUUAAUAAAAACAACAAAUA